AUGCCCAAUCGAACGAAAUAUUAUGAAAAGCUGCGAGAGAAGCGUCGGCUGGCACGCGAACACGCGAAAAAAGUUCAAGAGGAGCGAGCAAGAUCACGAGAAAUGAAAGAAGAAAAAUGGACAACACGAAAUGAGUUUGAUCUGAUUUCUGAGCAUCGACAGCUUCAGAGAAAGGCUUAUAUUGAAAAGAUUAGAAAAGAAAGUCAAGCAAUGCUAGAAAUGGCAGUGGCACGCGUGAAAGCUCACGAGAAACGGGAAAAUAUGUUGAAACAGGAAAUUGAAGAAGAAGUGGAAACUGUGAGAACUUUCAUUACUGAGCAAUGCGAAUACUACGCUGACAUUCAUCAACAAAUAUCUCCACCGAAAGAACGAAGUGUGGAUCAGAUUGUUGGAGAAAUCGAAACAGAACUCAAAGAAGUUGUAGUUAUUCAAAAUUUGAACAUUUAUAUUGAAAUGUUUCAGAUCUAUGAGAUAUUUUCAAGUGUGUUUAAUUUUGACCCAAAGAUGCCAGAAAAUGUGGGCGUAAAGGAAGACGACGAUAAGGUUUUUGCUAAGGAAAUUGCUCAAUUGGAAGAAGAAUUUGAAGCUAACACUUUGAAAGCUGAAAGCCUCGAAAAAGAAAUCGCUUAUUCAAAAGUACAAAUUGAAACCGAAAAUGUUAAAUUCGCGGCAAUUGAACAAGAAAAAGCAAUCGAAAUUAUCAAAUUGGAGAAGCAAAUAAAGAUAAUGGAGGCAAAAUUAGACUUUAUGAAACAAGAUCCAAUUGAGAUUGAAGAGAUUGAAAAGCUGAAACACCGUGUGGAAGAAGAGACGCAAAGAAAUACGGAAUAUGCAGAAUCAUUAAAGUAUAUCAAAGAAAUGAUAAGGAUUAAAAAGGCAGAAAAAAAUGAAAAGAAACAGAAAAAUGCAAUUGAUAAUUAAAAUUGGAAACUUGUUUUUUAACAAUCAAUUUUAUGUAAAAAUAAAAGUACUCAUUGAAA